AUGAAGAUCGUUCUUGUUGGUGAUACUCAAGUCGGGAAAACUUGUGUGCUUGCAAGAUUGAUAAACAAAGAAUUUAAAUCCGAUAGCCAAGCAACAAUUGGUGCUGCUUUUCAGAAUUAUUUUCUUCAAACACCAGCUGGCUUUGUUCAACUACAAAUAUGGGACACAGCCGGUCAGGAACAAUCUAGAUCCCUAGCUCCUAUGUAUUAUCGAGCAGCAAGUGUUGCAAUUCUAUUUUAUGACGUUACAAAUCUUAAGAGUUUUCAAGCGCUUAAAGAUUGGAUGGAUGAACUUCAAGAAAAGGCUCCAGUGCAAUUACAGAUUGUUAUUGUAGGCAAUAAAUGCGAUUUAGAAGAUAGAGUUGUUAGCACAACAACAGCUCAACAAUUUGCCAAACAGAAUGGUGCUGCUUUUUAUUGUGAAACAUCAGCUAAAACAGGUGAAGGUUCUUGA